AUGGAGAGUGGCCAGAGAGAUUCGUUCCUCCUUUCCAGGGAUCGCUACCCUCAAAAAGAGGCAGUAUCAUUCAUCGAGAAUCAAAUCUGUCCACCGGGACAGCUACUACCAGUGUAUAGCGAGCAAAGCGGAAGUUUCGUUUCUGCAGAUGAAGCAUGGAAGCUGAAAGAUGCGAGCACAGCAAUGUGGGAGCAGGCGAAUGAGGAAAAGGAACGCCUUUUUGCCUUAAUGACACAAGUGGAACAGAAACUUGCAAAAAAGAAAAGCGCAGCCCACAUCCCACUCGACGCGGCAUCGGAAUUGCGACGUAGCAGCUGGUCUCAAGUUUUGACUGAGGUUGAGAGGACUGCAGAGCAUUGGAGAAGUAGCCCAAACCAGGAGAGUAAAAGGAUGGUCUUCAUUGAUAGAAUUGGGCGGCAUUCAGAGUCUCUGGAAGCUUGGUUAAGUUUGUUGCCGAUGGGAGAUUACGGAGCAAGGUAA